AUGGCGAGCUCAAGUAAUUCGGAUUCAGUGAAACAGCAAUCGAUUGAUGACAAUGAAAAAGAGAAUCCAAAUUUGGAUAUCGCUCAACUGAAAUUUUUGGUUAGUUUGUCAGAGCUCAAUGCAGAUGUUCGAGCCAAAAAACUUGACGAAUUACUGCAGCUCAUAAAAGAAAAUGAAAUGGGACCUUAUUACAAAUUGGUUUGUGAUGAAAUACGAAUAAAUAUUGAUGAUACGUUAUUUAAUGAGUUAACAAGCAAAAAUGAGAAACGUCUUCAAGAAAUUGAUGCUGAAAUCGCAGAUGCAGAACAAAAUCUUGGAGAAAGCGAAGUAAGACAGGCAUAUCUUAGAAAAAGUGAAUAUUUAUGUCAAAUAGGCGAUAAAGAAGCAGCCACAGCCGCAUUUCAAAAAACGUAUGAAAAAACAGUCGGUCUCGGUUAUAGAAUUGAUCUAAUUUUUAAUCUUAUUCGCCUCGGAUUAUUCUUUCUUGAUCACCAAUUAAUUAAUACAAAUAUUGCUAAGGCGAAGGAUCUUAUGGAACAGGGUGGUGAUUGGGAACGUAAAAAUCGCUUACGAUCGUAUGAAGGAUUGUAUAGAAUGUCAAUAAGAGAUAUGAAAGGUGCAGCCGCACUUUUUUUGGAAGCCGUACCAACUUUUGGAUCUUAUGAAUUAAUGUCAUAUGAAAAUUUGAUCUUUUAUACAGUAAUUUGUGCUGUUUAUGCACUUGAUCGUCCGGACUUGAGGUCAAAAGUAAUAAGAUGUAACGAAAUACAAGAACAGCUGACUGGUGGUAAUGAAAAAGGCGCUUUAGCUGCUGCUCGACGAUAUCUUGAAGCAUUUUACUGCUGUAAAUACGACGAAUUGUUUGUUGUGCUCGCUCAGCUCGAAAACGAAUAUUUGAAACUUGAUAGAUAUCUUACUCCGCAUUAUAGUUUUUAUUCAAGAGCUAUGCGUUUGAAGGCUUAUGAACAAUUCAUUUCACCAUAUAAAACAGUGCGUCUUGACAUGAUGGCGAAAGAUUUCGGUGUUUCCAAAGCUUUUAUUGAUAAAGAACUUCAUCGCUUGAUUGCGGCUGGCCAUUUACAUUGUCGAAUUGAUGCAGUACGUGGCGUGAUUGAAAUGAACCAUCCAGAUACCAAAAAUCAUUUAUAUAGAAGUGUUUUAAAGGAUGGAGAUAUUUUAUUAAAUCGUAUUCAAAAAUUAGCGCGUGUUAUAAAUGCGUAA